AUGGACAAUCUGUUGGAAGUUUUGAAAACCACCCCGAAAAAAGUCCUGGCCAACUACAUUUUCUAUCGCCUGAGUAAUGCCUUCAUUAUGGAUAUACCCGAAACCAAGAAAGAACUGGAAGAUACCUGUCUGACACGUAUGAAAAAAUAUUUCCAUAAAAAUUUCGACAAUAUGGUUUAUCGCAAAUACAAUAGCCUUGAAACGGAGCAGGGGGUCCAGGAGAUGUUUACUCACAUCAAGGCGGCCUUUCACAAACAACUACAAUCGCCCCAUUUGGAUUGGUUAUCGGAAGAGACGCGGCAAUAUGCCUUGGAAAAGCUAAAGAAAAUGCAAGUGGAAAUUGUUUCCUUCAAGGAUACAAAUUUCUCAGAAAUCCUAGGACCAUUGGAAUUUGAUAGCGAGGACUAUUUGGGAAACAUAAAGAAGAUGCUUUCGUCCUAUGCCAUCUAUGAUCGUAGCAAUAUCGGCGAUACUCCACGACAAAAUGAUUAUGGCGAACAGUUAUCUACCACCCCGGCCUAUAUUUAUGUAGAGAACACGAUUAAGGUUCCUGUGGCUAUGCUACAACCCAAUUAUGCCUGGUCUGCCGCCUUUCCAAAUGCCUUCAAUUUUGGCGUCCUUGGAGCCUUGCUAUCCCAUGAACUCAUUCAUGGCUUUGAUGGUGAUGGUCGUACCUAUGAUGCUCUGGGUAAUAAUCGUAAAUGGUGGGACUCGAAUUCCGAUAGACAAUUUAAAAAACGUUCCGAAUGUUUAAUACAUCAAUAUAAGUAUUUCAUUUAUGCCGGCCAACACUUAUCUGAAAUGCCUAAUCAAGAUGAAAAUAUUGCCGACAACAGUGGUGUCCGCUUGGCCUAUAAUGCCUAUCUCAAUUGGUAUGACAACAGCAAGGAUAUGGAGAGAAAUUUGGAAUAUUUCCCCGGUAUGGGCGAAUUCAAUUAUCGUCAAUUGUUCUUUACAAGUUAUGGUUAUUUAUGGUGUUCCGAUUUCUAUUCGAAAUUGCGUUCAACAAUGAUGGCUAUCGAUAUACAUGUUCCGGAUAAAUUUAGAGUUUUAGGUCCACUGUCGAAUUUUGUCGAAUUCUCUAAGGAAUUUAAUUGUCCGGUGGGCAGUAAAAUGAACCCGGAGAAGAAAUGUGAAAUUUAUUGA